AUGGCCCUGAGUUCAGGGCCUGGUCUGAUCCUCCAUGAAGACCCAAAGAUGACACCAAGUCUCAACUCCUGUGAGGCCCCAGGGUUAGGCUCUGGCACCAUCCAAGGGCCCAACUCAAACAUGGCCCUUACUCCUACCUUAAGUCCUGGCUCAGCCUUUGUUCCAGACCUUAAUCCAACUCUGAGUCCAAGCCCAAAGGAGGCCCUGUGCCCGGUAUCUGAUAACACACCAAGAUCAUGUGACAGCAGACCCAUGGGUCCUGCCUCUCUUCAGAUGGCUGGUUCCUGCCCCGUGGAAACUGUGGAAUGGGAUUCAAAAUGCGUCUCCAGGCCUGAGCCACAGGGGACCCUCUGUCCAGCCUCAAACCCUGAGGCCACCAGUUUGAGCCCGGAUAAACUCUCUUGGCCAAACUCUGAGGAUGCCUUUAAGUCCCGUUCAAGCAAGAGUUUUGAUUUGGGUCAGAGUAACUCCAAUCCUUCUAGGCCUGAGUCAAACCCAUUUGUAAGGCCUCAUAUGAGAGACGCCCUGGUUCUGGGCCCCUGCAUCUCCAGGCCAGGCUCACAAGCACUCCUUCUUCCAGCCUCAAACACGUCUCUGGAUCAUGACUCCAAUCAGCUGCUCCAUGUAGGCUCAAGAAACAUCUCUAAGCUGAACCUAAAGAUAGCUCCGGAUUGGAUCCCAGAUACAAAGGAGACCAUCACCGUGACUCCGUGUAACAUAUCUGGGUCUGUUUUGAAAGGAGUUGGCACAACCUGGAGCACAAGCUCCAAGGGCAUCAUCAAUGUGGCUUCAAACAGCCAACCUCGAUCUGAUCUGAACAUGACUGUCACUCAGGCCUCGUGUGUGACCUUGAAUGCUGGCUCUAGUGCCUACGGCCCCAACUCCACUCUCUCUCCAUUCUCAUGCAUGACACAGAUUCUGGGCUCCAACGAGAAUGUGAGCAUGGGCUCUAGUUUCUUGAUCAGCGACACAUCCACGCUGACUCUGAGCAGCCAGCACGAUUAUUCUGAGGACAAUAGCGUCUGCACAGUGCCCCUGGGGAAUGGGCAGAGCUGGGGCGAGAUGGCCAGCCUGGAGGGUGCCACGGCCUUCCGCAGCUUUGAUGAGGGAGCCUAUGAUGAUAUGACCUCAUGCCUGGUGAAGAUGCCAGAGAAGAGAGAAGAUGGGAGCAAAAUGGCUCUGGUCGAGAAUGCCAUCAGCCUCCAGAAGAACCAGGAUCUUCUGGAAGUGGAAGAAGAGAAAAAGACCAUAAUGAAGAAGAUGAUGAGGCAGAUCCAGGAGGAGCCACUAAAUUCCCUCUCCAGCAAUGUCCGCCGGCAGGCCAUGGAGACCCUGACUCAGCUGAGUCACACCCAGCCCACCCUGGGUGUGCGGGAGAGGGCGGAGCUGGUGAACACAUGUGUGCAGAGCGUAUUCUCACUGCCCUCGGUGCAGGCCAUGCAGGAAAAAGACGAGACCAAGGCGGAAGCCAUCCAGAUGCUGUACCAUCAGACCUUGGAUGCCCUGCAGACACUGCUCAAUGCCCUCUUUAUUGAAGACCCCACCCCUGCUGGGCUGAAAAGCAUCUUGGAGCCGCUGGGACCCUGGAUGAACUCUGGGAAGGCCCAUGAGCGAGCAAGGGCUGUGAACAGCAAUGUCUCUGUCCUGAACCACACACUGCUGACCCUACCUUUCUUUAUGUCCUCGGGCUUCCCGGCGCUGGGCCUUCUCCUGGGGAGGCUCCUUCUUUGCAUUGGGGAUCCUGAUGAGGAGAUUGGUCGGGAGGCACUGGAUGGCAUCACAAUCCUCUACACGAUCCUGGAGCUCCAGAAACGAGCCAGAGACAAGGAAGAGACCAACAAGAAGGAGCUGUAUGAGAGCAACAAGCGCUUCUUGGGGCCCUACAACCCAGUCAGUCCAUGCCAGAACAUUCUGCGUGUGAUUGCGGAAUUUGGAGAUUUCUUGGGGCCCCAGCAGGUAAAAGACCUGCUGCUGGCUGCCCUGGAAGGACUGAAGGGUGGCUCAGAGGCUCAGGGGAAGGACUCUGGGGAGAUGAUGCAGCUGGCCUCAGAGGUCACUCUCAGCUCCGUGCUGGAGUGGUACCGCCAUAGGGUGCUAGAGGUGAUCCCAGAAAUCAUGCAGGGUAUCUACAUGCAGCUGAGCCACAUCCAGGAGCCACGGGCCCGUGAGGUGGCCCUGCUGCCCGUCUCCCUCCUGGCCAGCUCUUUCAUGACCGAGGUUGUGGUGGCCCUGCUCAUGUGCCCCCUCCCACUGGACAGCAAUGGAGCAGAGAUGUGGAGACAGUUGAUACUGCGCAAGCCCAGCUGUGAUGUCCGAGACCUGCUGGAUCUGCUCCUGACCAGCCUGAAGGAGAAGCCCGUUACCAAGAAGGGUCGAGCGUCCAUUGUGCCCCUGGCGGCGGCCAGCGGCCUGUGUGAGCUCCUGUCCGUCAACAGCUGCGUGGGCCGUGUGAGGCGCAUCUACCCACAGCUGCUCCUAGCCCUGCUCAUUCAGGUCCAUUACCACAUCGGCCUCAACCUGCCUGGCCGCGUGGCCCCUCGCAAGGACACCAAGAAUGACACACAGCCUCCUGUCUUCGUACCUGUGCUCUGGGUGGUGAAAGUGGUGAAAACCCUGCUGCUGAAGAUGGGCUGCUCUUAUGAGUCCACGUUUCUGGAGGACCAGGGUGGCUGGGAACUCAUGGGGCAGGCGGAGAACCACCAUCGUGGAGUGUCCAUGCUGGCAAGGGCCAUGGUGCACUACUCCUGCCAGGAGCUGUGCCGCAUCCUCUACCUGCUCAUCCCACUCCUGGAGCGAGGCGAUGAGAAGCACAAGAUCACAGCCACUGCCUUCUUCGUGGAGCUCCUGCAGAUGGAGCAAGCACGCCGGAUCCCUGAGGAGUACUCUCUGGGGCGGAUGGCGGAAGGCCUGAGCCACUGCAACCCCAUCAUGAAGGUGCUAUCCAUCCGAGGCCUGGUCAUCCUGGCCCAAAGGUCUGAGAAGAUGGCCAAGGUGCAGGCGCUCCUGCCCUGCAUGGUGAAGGGCCUGAAGAGCGUGGACGGCAUGCUGAUGGUGGAGGCAGUCCACAACCUCAAGACCAUCUUUAAGGGGCAGGAUCGGAAGCUGACGGACAGCUCGGUCUAUGUGGAGAUGCUGCGGGUCCUGCUGCCACACUUCAGUGAUUCCAGAGAGGAUGUGCGCUUUUCCUGCAUCAACCUGUAUGGGAAGGUGGUCCAGAAGCUCCGGGCACCCCGCACCCAGGCCAUGGAGGAGCAGCUGGUCGGCACCUUGGUGCCCCUAUUGCUGAUCAUGCAGGAGGGCAACACCAAGGUGGGCCAGAAAUGUGUGAAGACCUUGUUCCGCUGUUCCUGCUUCAUGGCAUGGGAGUUGCCAAAAAGAGCUUACAGCCGGAAACCCUGGGACAACCAGCAGCAGACAGUGGCCAAAAUUUGCAAGUACCUUGUGAACACCCACCGAGACAGUGCCUUCACUUUCCUCAGCCAGAGCCUGGAGUAUGCCAAGAACUCACGGGCCUCCCUCCGAAAGUCUUCAGUCAUGUUCAUAGGGUCCCUGGUCCCCUGCAUGGACAGCAUAAUGACGGAAGACCGGCUGAAUGAAGUAAAAGCUGCCGUGGAAGACUUGAGAGGUGAUCCAGAAGCAUCAGUGUGCAUCUGUGCGGCCCAGGCCCAGGACCACAUCUUGGCCAGCUGCUGGAGGAGCUCUUGGCCACUACCACAUGGAGACUCAUGGGUGUGUGACCCAGCCACCACACACCAUUGGAGCCCCAGCUGUGAGAACCUGCCUUCCCACCAGCGGCGUUCCUGGAUCAUGCAGGCCCUGGGUGCUUGGAAGAUGUCCUUGAAGCAGUGACAUCCUGGAGUCCCCAGCCCUCCUCUGGCUGGCUUACAUAAAUGCCAUGUGGCUUACCUCUCUUCCCUGAGCACUUCCUCAUGAGAGAUGCCCUGGGCUCUGAGCAGCCAUUACUCUGUGCAACAAAUCUGUAAGAGGAGCAUGGCCUUCAUUUGUUGACUCGGUUGACAUUUACUGACACAACACAGGCUAUUUCAUCUAUUUUGUGUAACUAGGGAAACUGAGG